UAUAGUUUUGAAUAAGAAAAAGUUUGUGAUUAUUUCUCUAUACAUAUAUAAUUUUUUAUUUAAACAAAUUUUAUAGCUAUUAUUUUGCGAAAAGAAUUUAGAGAGGUUUUCUUUUACUCGCGGACUUUUUAGUGAUUUAAACGGGCGCCAUCGUGCCACGUAAAGUACAAAAAUGACUUCCGGUUACUGUUGCGAUAAUUGGAAAUCAUCAUCGCUUCAAGAUGACGCCUUUUUGAGCGCAAUCCAAGAUUGAAGUCUUAUUUCUUUAGCACAUCACUUUCGAAUGUUUAUAUAAAUUCGAUUGGUUAGGUAAUCGACUGAUCCUUUUUUAUUUACGAUGCUUCGAAUUUCUCUUGAAAAAGAUUCAAAGAGAGUAUCUUGCGUCUCAAACUUUUCUGCGGAUGUAUCUUUGUGCGUUGCAAAUUGAAAUUUUCGGGCGUGUCCGAAAGUCGUAAUUCCCAACUUUUUUCUGCAAAUUUGAUGAUUCGCGAUCAAGGCGCGAAGAGAUUCAAAUUUAUAUUUUGCUAUCCAUUGACAGUAAAAUUAAUCGAAUGUUGUCUCGGAUAUUUAAAAUUCAGCACAAUUAUUAAAAAGAUCUAAUUUAAUUUGUUUGUGUAAUGCAUUUCUGCAAGAUAUAUUUUUACUAGAUGUUUAUAAUCUCAGAGAUUAAUAUGCGAAAUUUACUUUAGAAAGAAGGUUAGGUUAGGUUAUAAUAUUCGUGAAAUAAUUGUAGUUGAUUAUUUUAACAUUACUAUCGAAAGAAGUUAAUAUAAAAAUCAUUUUUAACUUAAGUUUUACUUUUUUAUUUAUACCUACUUUAACACAAUUGCGAUUGUGAAAAGUACAAAUUCAAUCAUGCAAAGUUAAUGUUAAAGUAUCAUCCUCAUCGAUCGAAAAGAUUGAACGACGAAGUACAUGAUUAAAUAAUUUGAGGUAUGAUUCCACACCUAUUGGAGUCGAGUUUUAUGGACUGUAAAUUUUAGGAGAGAGUUAAAUUUGUUUAUCAUGUAAUUUUUUUUUCUACUUUAAAUCAACAUGCUUUAUCUAAUCACACAUCUGUACCAAAUCAUUUCCCAGAGAUUGCAAUGCAAACGUAUAUAUUGUAACAUUUAUUUUUGUUUUACUUGUUUGGAAGAUAUGAUCACCGCUGAUCAACGAUUAACUGUUCUUUUAAUUGUUAAACAACAAUUACGUUUAAGAGCUUACAUUUUAGAGACAAUAUUUUUUUAUUAGUAUACCAAGUGUUUAUAAAGUUACUCUUUUUUCAGAAUAGAUAAACAUAUUAGAUUUUACCAGAAUGUCUUCUGAGGUUCAAGAAGCAGGACUCCAGGAGUCUUCAGAUCAGUAUGUUCAGAUGCAACAGCUUUUGCCAAGAGGAAGAAAGGAAGGAUGUAGUAUGUUGGAUGAUUUAAAUUUUUUGGCUAUUAUUCCAUAUGCCACUUUAAGAAUGCGCAACAUUGCUCAUUUGUCUAACGAGCAAUGCGCUAAUGCUAUUUUCAAUCAUUUGCAAUCAAGCGAUAAGUUUAUGCAGAAUGAUCCUGAGUCCAAACAGUUCAGGUUGGAGACGGUGAGGACAAUACCACAGUGCCUCACUGUGAAAAAAUUUGUUAAAUCACAGCUGUUAGCAACUAUCAAUCGAAAGACAAGGAAAAGAUCGAUUAACUGUUGGAAACUGUUUAGAUAUAAUGUUAGUUUAAAGUUUGCAAAGAUUUGGGUAAUAAUGCGAAACUUCUUAUCGACAAUGAAAUUAUGGCAUCAAACAAUUAAAACUAUUGAGAGUCACCAUGGAAGUGGUAUAGCAACAUACUUGAAAUUUUUGAGAUGGUUACUCUUUUUCAACAUAAUUUCCUGCAUCUUGAGUGUAUCUUUUAUUGUGAUUCCACAAUCUUUGGAUCAAACGCAUGUACCAGACAACAUUAAAGUACUAGAUUUUUUAACAGGCAGUGGGUUUUUAUCUUACACAAUAAUGUAUUAUGGUUUUUAUUCUAAUGGCACAGUAGACGCACUACUUGGAACCAAAUAUAGCAUUCCAUUUGCCUAUUUUCUAACUCUGCUUUUUUGCUAUAUAAUUACGUUUAUUGCACUGUCUCUCAAAGUUAUAUCUUCUUAUAGAAAGUCUUACGUCGAGAUACGUGGAAAAGUGCACAAUUUAUAUUGCAACAAAAUAUUUUGUGGAUGGGACUUUAGCAUAUCUUCGUCAAAAACUGCCACCUUGCAAUCAGCAUCAAUUUAUAAAGAACUGGAAGAGCUGUUAGCCGAAACGCGACAGCAUAUACGUUUGCACUGGUUUGCCAAGUGUUUGUUAAUUAUAACGCAACUUGCCGUAACAUCUAUUGUUAUAUUUAUGAUUUGCGGUGCUGGUGCACUCGUUUGGACGCUGUUAAGUCUAAGGUACGAAAUAGAAGCAUCCCCAACUAUUUCGAUUAUGAUUGUACCAAUAGUUAUUACUACCAUCAUUCACAUCUUUCCAGCGAUUAUCUCCUAUCUAGCGUCGCUAGAAUGCUACAGUAACAAACGCACAGAACUUUACGUAACAAUUGUCAGAAGUUACACAGUUGCCGCGACAAUAAUUGGUACUUUAUUUGUCUUCUGGAUAAUUAACAGUACGUCGCAUUGCUGGCAAACUCACUUAGGAGAAGAGAUCUAUCGGCUUAUCAUAGUGGAUUUCAUAGCUUCGCUACUAGAGGCAUGUUUACAUUUUACACGGUCCAUGUUAUACAAAGGAUUUUCGACGAAAAUCGGCAGACCGAAAUUUGAUAUCGCUCACAACACAUUAAAUCUCAUAUAUAAUCAGACGCUCUUUUGGAUGGGAUUUUAUUUUAGUCCACUAAUAUCCGUUACGAUCGUGAUAAAAUUAAUUUUUACGUUUUACGUGAAAAAGUACGAACUAAAAAGAUAUUACCAGCGGCCGUCACAACCCUGGCGAGCGGCACAAACGCAAACGCUGUUCCUGGCGCUGGCGUUUUUCAGCGUUAUUGUCGUAUUAUUCACGAUAGGAUACAUCAUCACGAAUGUGAAAAGUGACGAGUGUGGACCAUUCAGAAAUCAUACUCACACUUGGGAUUUUAUUGUUGACGGAAUGUUUUCGUUGAAAAGAGAUAGUCCGUUUUGGAACGUUGUUUCAAAACUCACGAAUUCAGUAACUGGCGCUGCGAUAUUGGUCGGCAUGUGUAUUGCAGUGUAUUGUCUUCGAGCAAAAGCAAACGCGAGUAAGGAACUUUUACAAAUUUUGUCGGACAUGCUUGUUCUGCAGUCUCAAGAUAAACAAUUUCUUUUAAAAAGUUUCGGUAAAUGUGCUAAUAAACAUGCUUGUGUUUCUAAUGAAAAUAAUCUUAGCCAGGAUGUUGGGCUUGCUGAGCAAAAUUAUGAAAAUAAAAAAAUUUUACUUUCUCGUCGACGUACUUUAUCAUCGAUCAAUUUUGAAGAAAGAUGAUUAUAGUUAAUAAUAUGCAUUAGUUGACAAUUUGGUAACAAACUGCCAAAGCCUAUAUUAGAAGCAUAAUUUUUUUACAUAUAGUUGUAAUUACUUUUAAAUCUCAUUUAAGAAUUACUUCUACGAUUUGUUAAAAUCUGAACGUUCAAGAUUGUUAUAUAUAAUAAAAUAAUAACAUUUUUAAUAUAACACUUUUUACACAAUAUUAGACAAUAAAAUAAUAAUUAUCUAAUUGUGUUAUGCAUAUUGUGAUCUUAUCUUAAUUAAUAAUUAUUUAUAUAAUUAUAUAUAAUUGUAGAUAAUACCAUUUAUAUUCAAUCUCAGUAAUCCUUUAUUUUAUUUUAAUGUACAUAUAUAUAUUAUGUUCGUAAA